GUAACAUUCGUUGUUGAAUUGACCACCUCGUGACUGACCUCGUCCAAAAUUAAAGUACAGGCGUAAAGUGUACGGAUAGCGUACACGCCUAGGCUCGAGCCUUAAAUUAUCGGUCUGAUCGUUAUCGAUCUAUUGAUCAGUUGGCCAUGCGCAUCCUCCCCUUUUUGCAGCUGGGCUUUGCUGCUCAGGUGCCUUUAUAUUCCAGUUCCAUUUCAUCAGUUCUUGCCCCACAAAUUGCUCAGAUGGCUGCAACCAAGCCAGACUUUACCCUCAGCGAGGGUGCAAAUGCACUCUCCCCGCAAGAUAUGCUCACCCUCCCUCGACCUGGUGAGCCUCUGCCGAACGACAUCGGCGAUCUAGCUAUCGUACCCAUCAGCACCUACUCCUUCCAGGACCGCAAGUCUCACAAGUCACUCUCCAUCGUCUCUCUCGACGGUGGCCACACCUAUGACAUUCCUUUGCCCGACGGCGGCGAUGCCUUCUGGCUUGAUUCCCGCACCAUCGCACACAUCGUCACAAAGGAUAACACACAGAGCCUCUACACCAUCCCCAUCACCACUUCCCCUCUCUCCUCUGAUCUCUCCUCCCUCGUAGGAUCUUUCCCCAUCACCACCGCAAGCGCAUUCCGUUACAGCCCCGGCGCUCAGCGCCUCGUGUUCUCCGCAUACGUGUAUCCUGAUGGCCUCGUCGAGACCGUGAAGGAGCAGGACGCGGCAUAUGAGAAUCGGGGGAAUUCUGCCUUGGUGUAUGAUGAGACGUUUGAGCGCCAGUGGGAUACAUGGGUUGGUCCCAAGAGUAAGGCACUCAUUAGUGUUGGUCUGGCGAAAAUAGGUAGCUCGGCGCUAGGUGAGAAGUGGGUACUGGGGGACACCUACGUGAAUGCGCUGAAGGGCUCGGGACUUUCCUCCCCUGUGGAACCGUUCGGUGAGACAGAUGAUUAUGAUGUUUCCCCGACGCAUAUCAUCUUCACUGCCAAGGAUCCGCAACUCCCCAAGGCCAUGCAUACCAGGCAGAAUGUCUACCUUGUUACACAUGACGGAAAGGACCUCAGGCAGCUCACAUCGGGCGUCCAGGGCGCGACGCACUCCCCCGUCUUCAGCCCUUCUGGCGAUAAAGUCGCGUGGCUGGAGCUGGCUCUUAAUGGCCAUGAGAGUGAUCGAGCGAAAGUAGUGGUCUACGACCUCAAGAAAGAUGUCCGCUUCACCAUUACAGAGGACUGGGACCGCUCCCCUGAUUCUAUCAUCUUCUCCCCUUCUUCUUCCCUCAUCUACGCCACUGUCGGCGAUCACGCCCGCGUCAAGCUCUUCGCGCUGGCUGUUCCUCCCACACCUGCCUCCAACACCACACAAACCUCUCAGCCUACAGCCCUCACUUCCAGCGGCUCUCUUUCCGGCUUCACGCCGAUCCCAGGCGGCAAGGCCAUCUUUGCGCUCUCGAGCCUGACGUCUCCGAACGAGGUGUACGAGCUUAGUGGGCUCGACGCAACCGAGCGGGAUCUUGUAGCAGGAAGACAAGCAGAUGUGAAGGGGACAACUCUUACGCGUCUUACUUCAUUUUCCGCUGCAGGACUCCAGGGCAAAGAUCUCGCCCCCGGGAAGGACUUCUGGUUCAAAGGCACGGCUGAGGGGCAGGACACGCACGGCUAUGUGAUUACUCCUCCUGGAUUCGAACGUGGAGUCAAUGGGAAGUGGCCUGCGGUUCUGCUUAUCCAUGGUGGCCCGGAGAGCGCGUGGUAUGAUCAGUGGUCGACGCGGUGGAAUCCGAAUGUGUUUGCGAGCCAGGGAUACGUGGUCGUUGCCAUCAAUCCAACGGGGUCCACUUCGUUUGGACAGGACUUUACAGAUGGGAUCAACCAAAACUGGGGAGGCCGCCCGAUCCAGGACUUGUUGAUGGGAUGGAAAUAUAUCCUUCAGAAUUACCCAGAGAUCGACCAGAACCGCACGGUAGCUGCUGGUGCGAGUUACGGCGGGUAUGCGAUCAACUGGAUCCAAGGCAACCCCGAGCUCGGAUUUGGAUUCAAGGCACUCGUUUGCCACGAUGGAGUAUUCGACACAACCUAUAACGGCUACGCCACAGACGAGCUGUUCUUCUUCAACCACGAAUGGGGAGGACGCCCGUGGGAUCCCCCUGCAUUCGAAGCAUCGCGGAAAUACAGUCCCGCAUACACUGUGUCCAAGUGGUCCACCCCGCAGCUGACGAUUCAUAGCAGCAAGGAUUACAGGCUCCCAGAGGGAGAUGGCAUUGCGGUGUUUCACGCGCUGCAGCAGCUGGGCGUCCCGAGCCGUCUUCUGAUCUUCCCAGAUGAGAACCAUUGGGUGAUAAAUGCUGGGAAUAGUUUGAAAUGGCACCACGAGGUGUUUAGGUGGUUUGAUCAAUUCAUCGGGCUUACUUAGGCAUGAAACUGCUGGAGAAAAUGUCAAAACCGAAGGGUAACUUUUCUCCUAGUGACUUUGGGGCAUCUGUAAAAUGUAGCUGAAAUGUAUCUGUACUUCGGAUCAAAAACUGGCUUCGGGAACUCUGCGAUCUAUAUGCAUUCUGUAGAGUUGAAUCACUUGACCUGCCCCCGGACGUACCUCGUCGUAAGACCGGCCUGCACGCCGCCGUCCGCGAAAAUGUU